GGUGGUUCUGCCGUUAAUUAAUCCUCUGACUGACUGCCAUCUCCUUGCAACCUCAACUAACGACACGUACACCUGCCGAUUAAAACGCCCGUCUCCUCUCCUCGCCUCUCCUCGCCUCCCUCCAAUGCAUUCGCAUUCGCAUUUGCAGCAGAUUCGCGCCCGCCCUCCGCAGCGUUCUUUGUUUUGCGUCGCCAUUGCUGACCUGUUGUCCGAAUCAGGCGGCGGCGGCGGCGAGCGAUGAGGGAGCUGUCCUGCUUCAGCGACGGCUCCGUGUGCGUCGCGGCGGCCGCCUCCGUCUCCGGCCGCGGGGCGCUGGACCGGGCGCUGCAGGCGGCCACCACCAGCGUGUACAGAGCCGUGCUGUCCUCGGGCAAGGAGAUGCUGGUCCGGGUGACGUGGACCCGGAGCGCGGCGGGAGUGGCCGGCGUCGCGGUCGCCUUCGACGAUGGCGGCGGCGCCUCCUCCGACGCGCCGGCGAGGACAAGGCCUGUCCUGCUGCUGCACAAGAAGCGAGGGAGCCGGUCGCUGGUCACCGGCGCCGGCACGGCCGUCGGCGUGCACUGGGACACCGCGGAGGCCAAGUACGCCUCGUGGUCGUCGCCGUCGUCCCCGGAGCCCGAGCGCGACUACUGCCUCGCCGUCGUGGCCGACGCCGAGCUCGCGCUCCUCCUCGGCUCCGGCGGCGCGGCGCGCGAGCUCUCCCGCCGCCUCGCCGUCGCCCCGACCGCGCCCGCGCUCCUCGUCAGCCGGCGCGAGCAGCUGCGGUGCGCGGCGGCGGCGCACGUCACGCGCUGCAGGUUCCGGGAGGGCGGGGACGAGCACGAGGUGGCCGUGCACGCGUGCCGGGGCGGCGGGGACGACAAAGGGGAGCUGCGGGUCACCAUCGACGGCGAGAAGGUGGCGGAGGUGCGGCGGGUCGGCUGGGGAUUCCGGGGCAACCGCGCCGCCGUGCUGGCCGACGGGGAGGUGGUCGACGUCAUGUGGGACGUGCACGACUGGUGGUUCGGUGGCCGGGGCGGCAGCGCGGGCUCGGGGGCGCAGUUCAUGGUGAAGGCCAGGGCGGAGAAGGAAGGCAGGCUGUGGAUGGCCGACGACACGGCGGCCAGGGGCCAGUCGCCCGGUGGCUUCUUCUUGCAUGUGCAGUGCUACCGCCGGUGACGAUUGAAUUGAUGGUGGCCGCCGUCACCUGUGGAGGUCUUGCUGGUAGAGGUCUGCUAUAUGCUAAACUCUUUUACUCCUGAUUGAUGACUGGUGAUCUAAGUGUAACAGUGCAUAUAAAGAAAAGCAGUGCAAAAUUCAAACAAA